UCAGUCGGCAGGCAGCCUGAGGCGCGUCCACACCGGCUCUCGGCGCUCUCCGUUCUCACGACUCCAAAAAGCUGAUUUGGGAGGAGUGCCCGCCCUCCUCCUCCUCCUCCCUCUUUCCUCCUUUUCAUUUCCAUGGCGACAGAAGGCGCAGGAAGUAAACGAGGAACCCAACUUGGCCUCCCCGGGCGGCGCAGCCGGAGGCUCCGCAGUAACUUCUUCUGAACUUCUGGGCAAGUUUGAGAAAAAGCGGGGAGGGCGCCUGGCGUGGGAAGCGAGUGGAAAGCAGGCUUCGAGGAAAGGCAGCGGCUGCGCGGGGAAAGGCCCCUCUGCAAAGACCACAAGGAUGGCGAUGCAAGAACAUCUGCGUAUAAAGGAAUGCCACCGCAGUCCCAUAACAGCUCUGGGCUAUCAUACGGCUCGACGAGAGUGCCUCACUGGUUUUGCAGAUGGAGUGAUCAAGUGGUGGGACAUGGAGAGCGGGCGCAUGGCUCUGCGCACCAAAGAGCAUUCUGGUUGGGUCACCCACUUCCUGUCCUGGGCACCAGCUCGGCUGCUCUUCUCUGCUUCCAAUGACAGCUCUGUGCUUGUAUGGGCUGCAGGAGGCACUGUGCUUGACCGUAUUCUGCUAGGCUACCCCAUCUUCACCUUGGCUAUUAGCCUGGCUCGGCAUCUCCUGCUUUGUGGCAGCAAGGGGCGUCUCGUGGCUUUCCCCUUGGAUGAAAGGAGAGAAUCUGGACAUGUGGUUCACAUGGCCCAGGGCUAUUCUGAGCAAACGCACACAGACAUUGUGUCCUGCAUCUCCUGCCUGGACAACCAGAUAUACACGGCAGGAUAUGAUGGUAAGCUAUUGAUUUUUGACACCUAUCAGACUCCGGGUAGGAAAGUCCUGACAACCAAGCACUGCAUCCGAAGUGCCCAUAAUGCUGCUAUCACACAUCUGCUCCUGGUACGUCACCAAGAAACCACCAGAGUGUUCUCGGGUUCUUUUGACCAGACUGUUGGCGUUUGGUCCCAAGAUGGGCAGCUGAUGCAGCGCCUUGGUCCCUUCACCGGUAACAUUACUGGACUGUGUUAUGUGGCAUCGGUUGGCAUCGUCUGGAUCGCCAGCGGCACAUCCCAGCCCACCCUCUAUGAACCUCAGUCUGGGGAAAUAGUUUCACAAUUCAUAUCCACAUUCCAGCAGAAGAAAGAUGGCCCCCUUCUCCAACAGCUUUUCAGCCUGCCAGAUUCGCGGCAUGUGAUUGGCACAGCAAAGCCACAGCAAAUACUGGUGUGGCGCUACAGUGAAUUGGGCUGCCUGACAGUGCUGCCUUGCAAACAUCCACUUGAAUGUCUAGCCUAUGCUAAGAAGGAACCUAUUUUGCUCUUCAGUGGGGACAUCAGUGGAACAAUGCAAAAAUGGGAAAGGAGCUACAUAUCUCCCUUUAUUUACAGCAGGGAGUCCUUCUGCCUCAAUGAAGCCCAGCUGGAGCGACAAGGACCCAGGCUUCAGGAGAGGGACAAGGGUUGCAGGAAGGAGCUCCAACCUCGUCCAGACUCUCCUCAAAAAUGGAGAAAAGGCCCUCGUGAUCACCAGAGUAGUUACACUAGAGCCCAAAGCACAGCCAAAGGCACACAAAGAGAGAUCAUAGGCUUCACAAGGGCCCUGUUUGUUGAUCAGCUGGAUAUUCUGGUAAUGUCGGCAACAAAUGGGAACAUUUAUCUCUGGGAGUUUGAGAGCUUAACUCCAUAUGAUGAUUUCCAUGUCCAACAAUGCCUAUCUGAGCUGGACAAGGAUGCUAGAACACUGGCUUCAACCCACACCCAAGAUAAGGAGGCCCAAGAACAUUCAUCCUCUUCUAUGGCAGGGUUCACUUGCAGAAUGGUCCUUUGUGGGCACACAGGCAUGGUGACAGCACUCACCUUGGCAGGUGAUUAUACUGACAUCUGUUUCCCCUGUUUGCUCACUGGAGGAUGGGAUGGAAGACUGUGUCUUUGGGACCUACGAAACCACUCCUUGCUAAAUGACUUCUCCUGGGAAUUAUGA